UCAAAUGCCAAUUGUCAUUCGUAUUUAACUGAGUUUUAUUGCUGGAAUUUGGUGGAGAGGAUUGAAAUUGUCCAAUUAGUAUUUUAUUAAAGCCUAAUAAAUUCUUUAUAUUGUAGUAUUGAACUCUUCCUAAAAAAUGGCUUCAGCUUUGCGUUCUUCUUUAAGAAGUGUGUUCCGGAAGGUACAAAUUCGGACCUAUGCUGAAGCACCAGCAAUUAAAGAGGGUGAAAUGGCACUCACAUUUGCUGCUGGCAACAAAGUCUUCUACGACAAGCAAGCUGUAAAACAAGUAGAUGUACCAUCAUUUAGUGGUGCUUUUGGUAUCCUCCCUAAGCAUGUGCCCACUCUUGCGGUUCUCAGGCCCGGUGUUGUGACAGUGCUAGAAAACGAUGGAAAACAGAACAAAAUCUUUGUGUCAUCAGGGACAAUUACUGUUAACGACGACUCAUCUGUUCAGGUGCUCGCUGAGGAAGCCCACCCAUUAGAAAACCUUGACAGAGCAGCAGCACAAGAGGCACUUAGCAAGGCGCAAUCAGAAUUCAACUCUGCUGCCAAUGAGAAGGCCAAAGCAGAGGCAGCGAUCGCAGUGGAAGUCGCCGAAGAAAUUGUUAAAGCUGCGUCUGCGUAAAUGGCUUAGAAUAAUUCUGUGAACUAUUUAAUGUAACAAAUCAUCAUUGUGAAUGUAAGGGUGAAUCGAUACGAAAUAAAAGUCGAUUUAGUUGA